GCCCGCGCGAGCGAGCGUCCCGCGGCCGGGGGCGCCGUCCAGGCGCGCGCCCCCAACCCGUGGCUGGAGCGGGGCGAUCCGCGCCCGGGACCGACGCGCCCCUCGGCAUGGAGCGCCCCCGGGGGCUGCCCUGAGGCGGCGGCGGCGGCGGCGGUGGUGGCGGCGGCAGCGAUGCUUCCAGCGCGGCGGCCGCCGGGGCCAGGAACGGCCGCCCGGAGCUCGGAGGACGCGGAGCGCACCGCGCCCCGGCCCCUGACCGAGGAUCUUCUAGUGACCGGACCCCCCUCAGCUGGUGCCUGGGAAAUGGCAGCCGCUGCUAAUUCAGCCUUGAAGACAGUCACUUGCCCGCUCAGCACCAUUACUUAGGAGAUAGAAUUCAAGAGGAACCCCCCCUCCUGGAGCCAGCCUGGGGGCGAGCGGAGGCCCCCCCAGCCCCGGGAUGACCGCGGCCAGCCGGGCCAACCCCUACAGCAUCGUGUCAUCGGAGGAGGACGGGCUGCACCUGGUCACCAUGUCGGGUGCCAACGGCUUUGGUAACGGCAGGGUGCACACGAGGCGCAGGUGCCGCAACCGCUUCGUCAAGAAGAAUGGCCAGUGCAACAUCGAGUUCGCCAACAUGGACGAGAAGUCACAGCGCUACUUGGCCGACAUGUUCACCACGUGCGUGGACAUCCGCUGGCGCUACAUGCUGCUCAUCUUCUCGCUGGCCUUCCUGGCCUCCUGGCUGCUGUUCGGCAUCAUCUUCUGGGUCAUCGCCGUUGCUCACGGCGACCUGGAGCCGGCCGAGGGCCGAGGCCGCACCCCGUGCGUGAUGCAGGUGCAUGGCUUCAUGGCGGCCUUCCUCUUCUCCAUCGAGACGCAGACCACCAUCGGCUAUGGGCUGCGCUGCGUGACGGAAGAGUGCCCGGUGGCCGUCUUCAUGGUGGUGGCGCAGUCCAUCGUGGGCUGCAUCAUUGACUCCUUCAUGAUCGGUGCCAUCAUGGCCAAGAUGGCCCGGCCCAAGAAGCGGGCACAGACGCUGCUGUUCAGCCACAAUGCCGUGGUGGCUCUGCGCGACGGCAAGCUCUGCCUCAUGUGGCGUGUGGGCAACCUACGCAAGAGCCACAUCGUGGAGGCCCAUGUGCGGGCCCAGCUCAUCAAGCCCCGGGUCACGGAGGAGGGUGAAUACAUCCCGCUGGACCAGAUUGACAUCGACGUGGGCUUCGACAAGGGCCUGGACCGCAUCUUCCUGGUGUCGCCCAUCACCAUCCUGCACGAGAUCGACGAGGCCAGCCCGCUGUUCGGCGUCAGCCGGCAGGACUUGGAGACGGACGACUUUGAGAUCGUGGUCAUCCUGGAGGGCAUGGUGGAGGCCACCGCCAUGACCACCCAGGCCCGCAGCUCCUACCUGGCUCACGAGAUCCUGUGGGGCCACCGUUUUGAGCCCGUGCUCUUUGAGGAAAAGAACCAGUACAAGAUCGACUACUCGCACUUCCACAAGACCUACGAGGUGCCCUCCACGCCCCGCUGCAGUGCCAAGGACCUGGUUGAGAACAAGUUCCUGCUGCCCAGUGCCAACUCCUUCUGCUACGAGAACGAGCUGGCCUUCCUGAGCCGCGAUGAGGAGGACGAGGCAGAUGGGGACCAGGACGGCUGCAGCCGCGAGGGCCUCAGCCCCCAGGCCAGGCAUGACUUUGACAGACUCCAGGCUGGUGGUGGUGCCCUGGAGCAGCGGCCCUACAGACGGGAGUCGGAGAUCUGAGCCACCGCUGGCCUAGGAGCAGCAUUCACCCCCCCGCCAGGGAGAGGCCCCAGUGUCCCUCAGGGGCCCUGGGCCUGAGCAGAACGGGCCAGGUGCCCUGGGUUGCAGACUCAGUAGCGUUUUAGUUGUUUUACGUUUCUUCGCAGUGGCCUCAGAAAGUUGGCUGGAGAAUGGGCGGCCAGAGUCGGCAGCCCCCAGCCCCAGGCACAGGGGCAGGGAGGUGGCCUCCCGGAGGGGCCAGGCCACAGGAGCCAGGGGCUUCUGCAUGAAGAUAGAGCUGCAGCCUGCCCAGGAAUGGCUCAAAAGUGGGCCCAGCCUCUGCAGUCAAAGGCUGGCAGGCUGCAGUGCACCGCACUGGUUUUUAACUUGGGGAGAAACUCCGGGUUUCAGCUUUCUCAACCUUAGCUUGGGUGAGACUGUUUACAAAAAAAAAAAUAAUAAUAAUUAACAUGCAGUUGAAAAAAUUUUUUUAAUUCAUGGGUGGGAGAAAGGACAAUUAGAAUUCCAUGGGUAUACCAUGAUGUGAACAGCCGACAGAGGCUCUGGAAGGUUCCCCGAGGCGGGACUGGCCCCUCCCCCUGCGUGUGCUGGGCCCACGACCCCCCUGGGCAAGGGCUGUGCUCCACGUGCAGUUCCUCACGCUCCCGGGCAAAUUAGGUCCUCUUUGUGAUAGAAAACCCAAAACCAUGUUAAUGAGUAUAAUAAAAACUUCCUAAUGUCACUGGGUGAGGGUGGGGGAUGGGAAGAAACCAAUCUGAGCUUUCUGAGUUUGACUUUGUACCCUAGAGGUGCAUCUCAGGGCUGGGUAUGGGACACGCUGUUGAGGGUUCCCUCCCCCACCACCCUGAGUCCCAUGUUUUGCUUCUCUCUCCGUUCCUGCCCGGUGGCCUCCGCCCUUCCACAGUGAGGGGCAGUCGGGAGUGGAUGGCUCCUUGGGAAGGGAGGCCGGGUUCCCAGACUAAGGGAAGCGGAUCAGCCCCCAGCCCCACUGGGCCCACAGCGUGAGUCGUGCCUUAGAGACUCCGGGUUCCUGUUUUUAUUGGACUUGCCCUGCCAGCCCCUCUGCUUUGGGAAGGUGGCAAGACCGGGCUCACCUGGCACACAGCCCUCCACACCUGGGGCAGUACAGGUGAGCCCAGGUCAGGCACAGCCAGGCUGCGUGGUCUGCUACUGGAUGGCAGAGGAAAGAUCUUAAGAAAGGAGAGGAAUUGUCACCCCUCCCAUGAACUUAGGUCUGGGAAGUGUCACACUCACUCAGAGCUGAAUUGAGACACUGGCCACAGAACAGAGAAUUCCUGCUCAGGCUUCAGGGGCCUCUUCUGCACACCUUCAGUCGAGGCAUUGUGGCACCCUUGUCAGGAAGAGGUUUGGGGCCCUCUUGCUGUCACUGGCCAUUGGCUCUGCUGCCCUGUCUCGUUCUUGGCAGCUGGCAGGGGCCAGGCCCUGGGAUGGAGUACAGACUUCCCCAGGGCUGCUGGCAAACCUUCUCCUCUCUGGACCAGGCCCCCCGGGAAGACAGUGUUUAGAAAGCCUGUGUCUCCAAGACAGCUCAGAACCAGAAGACACCAAGUGGGGAAACUGAGGCAGAAAGCAGCGAAGGGGACGUGCCAGGU